CCAGGAUGAAGGAAGCAGCGAAAGAUAACUGCCCAAAGCAAUGACGGUGUCAUGUUUAUGUCACGAAAAAAUCAAAAUACAAAAGUAUUUUUUGAAUAAAUGUGCUGAUUUCCUGGGGACCAAAUCAGCCGAUUAGUAUGUUCGAAUCAGACGACGAUGACUUCACAUUAUCCCCAAGUUCUAAACUCUCGGAAAUGUUUAACGCCCCAGCCGGAGCGGAUACAACGCUCAGCUACAAAGCGCCGAAGCAACCGAGGCCGCCAGAGGCCCCCAAGUCUAAUGAACCCGCUGCAAAAAUCGAGACUCCAACUGGCCCCCCAUCUUCAUCAUCUUCAGUUAUUCUUGCAACUCCCGUAAUUUUAUGGAAAUUAGAGAACGGCAGCAAUAUUCCAAUGGGCAAUUACAUGCUGGCCAUAAUUGGCCACCAGGCAAAGGGGGUGUUCGAGAUAAUCCUUUAUCAAAAAACCACAAUAAUCCUAGUGCGCGAAAUACUGGGAAGUUCAGUGGUUUUCUAUAAAUAUCCCAAGCAGUUUGUGGCGUUUUACGAUAGAGUCCAGCAGCUGUGGAACAUGAACUUUGAUAAGAAAGACAACCUGGACAAUUUCUUGCAACAUGCAACUAAAUACAAUUCCAGGAUAGUUGAUAAGGCUGAAGAAAGUCAUCUUGGGGAGUCGAAGAACGCGAAAAAUUCCCCGAAUGUUGAGGCUGAAGCAACUGAACCAAGCUCGAAGCAGAAACUCCUUUCUAAAAUAACCAAUUACGGUCAGCAGGUUUUGCCGAAAGCCCCACAAAGAACCAACCGCAGCGAUUUGUCGGAUUCCGAAACGGAAUCCAGCAGCAGCGAGCGGAAUCUGGCUAAGCCGGCGAUCGCCCCUAGAAAGUUAAAAAAAGCCCCAACAAACUGCGGAAAGUCUGUGGCUUCGCAACACGAGAACGCUCUUAGUUUAACCUCGCAGAACCUGGCAAAUAACAAUUAUUUCCUGCCAACAACUCAACUGGUUCCUAAUACUCACAGUAGAACGGUCUACUCAACUCCUUUGCCUGACUACAGCUUGAGCAACUUUAUAGUGGCUCAAAAUGCCGAAUUGAAAGCCAACCUAGCGGAAAUCAGCGCCAAGUUGAACAGCUUGACGUGUUCAGGCAACGAUAAUGGACCCAAUUUAAAUGAUCAGAGCACGUUGAGGACGAAAAUCAAGUGCCAAAGCCUGAAAAUCGAUAACUUGUCUAGUGAUUUGGAGAGAUCCAGGACAGAUUUGGAGAGAACGCAGAUGAGGCUGGAUGAAGCACUGGAGGAAUUGGCCAAAGCCUCAAUGUAUCGGGCUCAAGUUGACUUGGCAGAGCUGCAGGAAAAAGCCCUUGAGGUGGAAAACUUAAAGGAACAGCUGGCAAGGAAGGAUGAGCAACUAGCAACCUGCCGGUCGAAGAUUGAAGAAUUGGAGCUGGCUAAUCAAGGGAGUGAGCAAAGGCGGGGCGAGCUCUCAAGAGAAUGUUCUGAGUUAAAGGAGAGUCUUGAUGAAAGAGCUAGGGAAGUGGAGGAGCUGAAAAGGCAAUAUGUGGGAAAUGUGUCUUUGAAAAAAGGGCAAGUGGAAGUUGCAGUAAAGCAAGCUUUGAGCGACGCGUUUGAGAAUGUCAUGGAGGAAGUUGGGAGAAACGAAAGUUACGACUUCAAUAGCAUGCAUGGCGCCCUGUCGAAAAACUUGAAGAAAACCGGCUUCAACCUAAUAAACUUCUUGCUGCAGGAUCCAAGCGCAAGCGGACCUUCUUAAGACCACCGGUAUUUGAAUUUUGCAUCAAUAUUUGUGAUAGUUAGUUAAGAUGGAACUGUUUACAAUCGCAUAUAAGCUUAAAACGAUGGUAAAAAUCAGACUAAAACAGUUUAAUUCUCUUUAAUAAUUAAAAAAAUCAUCACAAAUUGAA